AUUUAUCGCGUUUUCCAGAUGUCGAUAUUAUGAGGGAAACUAAUCAUCUCGCCAAAUUGGUAAAUGCGUUCAAAUUUUAUAACGUGAAUUCUCGUAGUAAAAAUGACCGAAGAAAAUAACAGCCAAGACGAAAAGCAGAAGUACAUUCUCGGUUACUGGAACGUGAGGGGAUAUGCACAGCCGAUUCGGUAUUUGUUAGAGCACAUUGGAGCGGAUUACAAAGAGGAGAUUUUCUCGGUAAUGAAGCGGAGAACCUGGUUACAAAAACGUGACGCAAUGGGACUGGAUUAUCCAAAUCUGCCUUACUUCAUAGAUGGCGACAAACGAAUCACUCAAUCAGGAGCGAUCAUGUUCUAUUUGGCGAGGAAACAUGGUUUAUUAGGAGCAACGCUGGAGGAGAAGACUAGAGCGACAAUGGCGUAUUUUGAAUUGUGCGAUUUCCGAUUUGCCUUCUACUUCGCGACAUACGGCCUUUGGACGGAAGUGAAGAAGUAUGAUUGGUACAGCAAACAUCUUCCUAGCUUCCUGAGACGAUCAUCGGACUUCUUGGGGGACCGGAGCUUUAUGGCCGGUGAAGAGGUGACUUUCGUCGAUUUCCUAGCUUACGAACUGCUAGAUGUGAUUCAAUACACGGAUCCGGCUUGUCUCGCGAAUGCGACGCCGAAUCUCUGGAAGUACUACCAUCGCAUGGAAUCAAUGAAUGCAGUACAAAAUCAUCGACAUUCUCACCGACACAUCAGUUGGCCAGUGAAUUGCAACCAUGCAUCUUUCGGAUACAAAGCUGAAGACAAACACGUACGAGAUUCAGUUGACCUUCCAGAUCCUUCAUAAAAAUACAGCGUACAUGUAUUUCAAGUCCCUCAUCCGACAACCUGGAAUGCACCGAGAACAAUCCAGUAACCUUCAAUACUAUUCAUACGGUUGCAAUAAAAUCCGAAGUCUUCCUUCAAAGAAUGACGCUCAACAA